GUAGGCUGUCCGUGAACUAGCAGAAGGAGAGGCAGCCCAGCGAAGCCGGCGGGGACAAGGCCACAGAACCUGCUCCUCUCCGUCUGCUCCAUUUUGGGACAUGCGGCUCUGCUCUGCUGGUUGCUCAGACACCAUUUGCUUUUGACUCAAGAUGAUGUGAUGUUUUAUUAUAAAACUCAUUAACCAUGAUGGCUACACAGACAUUAAGCAUAGACAGCUAUCAAGAUGGGCAACAAAUGCAAGUAGUAACAGAGUUAAAAACGGAGCAAGAUCCCAACUGCUCUGAACCUGAUGUGGAAGGAGUGAGCCCCCCACCCGUGGGGUCCCAGACGCCAAUGGAUGCGGACAAGCAGGCCAUUUAUAGGCAUCCACUGUUUCCAUUAUUAGCUUUGUUGUUUGAAAAAUGUGAACAAUCUACGCAGGGCUCAGAAGGCACAACUUCUGCCAGUUUUGAUGUAGAUAUUGAAAAUUUUGUAAGGAAGCAAGAGAAGGAAGGAAAACCCUUCUUUUGUGAAGAUCCGGAAACUGACAAUUUAAUGGUAAAAGCAAUCCAGGUUUUGCGUAUUCAUCUUCUUGAGCUGGAAAAGGUUAACGAACUGUGCAAAGAUUUCUGCAGUCGAUACAUUGCUUGUCUAAAAACGAAAAUGAACAGUGAGACUCUCCUGAGCGGAGAACCUGGAAGCCCGUACUCCCCCGUCCAGUCCCAGCAGAUUCCAAGUGCCAUCUCAGGCACUCUCAGCCCCCAAGGAAUCGUGGUUCCGGCAUCUGCGCUGCAGCAGGGGAACGUAACCAUGGCAACAGUGGCAGGUGGCACAGUGUAUCAACCUGUCACAGUUGUCACUCCUCAAGGCCAAGUAGUGACACAAGCGUUGUCGCCCGGCACGAUCAGGAUCCAGAACUCCCAGCUUCAGUUACAGUUAAACCAAGAUCUAAGCAUCUUGCAUCAAGAUGAUGGCUCAUCUAAGAAUAAAAGGGGUGUUCUGCCGAAGCACGCUACCAAUGUGAUGAGAUCUUGGCUCUUUCAGCACAUAGGGCAUCCCUACCCGACAGAAGAUGAGAAAAAACAGAUUGCUGCUCAGACAAAUUUGACUCUACUCCAAGUUAACAACUGGUUCAUCAAUGCCAGAAGACGGAUUCUUCAGCCCAUGUUGGAUUCCAGCUGUUCAGAAACUCCAAAAACUAAGAAGAAAACUGCUCAGAACAGACCGGUCCAGAGGUUUUGGCCUGACUCCAUUGCCUCCGGAACUGCGCAGCCGCCACCCAGCGAGCUGGCCAUGUCGGAAGGAGCCGUUGUGACGAUCACCACGCCCGUGAGCAUGAAUGUGGAUAGCCUCCAGUCUCUGUCCUCAGAUGGCGCCACCCUGGCGGUGCAGCAGGUCAUGAUGGCGGAACAGAGCGAGGACGAGUCUGUGGACAGCACGGGGGACAGUGGGGCCACGCUCACCUCCACCCACAUCAGUGGCCUGGUCCUGGAGAACAGCGACUCCCUGCAGUAGGGGGCCAGCAGGGCCCAGAACCGUGGGGCGGGCUGGCCUGACUUUUUAUAGUUUGCACAGCAAACAUUUUACACAGUUUUAUUUCUAAUAUGUUUUAUAUGUAGAUAGAGAAGAGUGCACUUUUGUAUUUCAUAGUAUGCUUCAAGAGCAUCUUUGCUGGUGCAGCGACUUCUUUCAAGUGUGCGUGUGCGUGUGUGUGCGGGUUUUUAAGGAAAUUCUUUAAAGGUUUAACGCUAAAAAUGUGAUGAAUGACAAACACCCCUGUGAGCCCCUAAUUAGAUUAAGGAAUAGUGUUGCCAUUUUCUAAAAAAUUAUGCAGUUUUAAUUUAGUUCUGUGGUUGAAGCAGGUCUCAGUGGGCUGAUUUCUUUGUGUGGCCCAUGGGUUUGAAAGAAGCUUCUGCAUCUUAAAGCUGCCGGCUCGAGGCGGGCACCGCACAACAAUAAAAUAGGCGUGACUCCG